AUGGUUGCUGGUGUCGCGAGAAGUCUUCGCUUUUUAAGAUUUUCCUCUACUAAACCUUUUUACACCACUACUCCGAUCUUUUAUGUAAACGCUAAUCCACAUUUAGGUCACUUGUACAGUCUGCUCUUAUGUGAUACUAGGAAUAGAUGGGAGAAGUUGAAACCGGGUGCGAAAACAUUCUUUACCACCGGAACAGAUGAGCAUGGGUUGAAAAUACAGGCGGUCGCGGAGGCACAAGGAAUUCACCCCAAAGAGUUGACUGAUAGGGUGUCUGAGAACUUUAAGAAGUUGGCGACUGACUUGAACAUCGAGUACGAUAGGUUCAUCAGAACUACCGACCCCGACCAUGUAAGCGCAGUACAGUACUACUGGAACACAAUGCAAGAAAAAGGGCUAUUAUACCAAGGCUUGCAUAGUGGAUGGUAUUCCAUUAGCGAUGAAACGUUCUAUCCAGAGAGCCAGAUCGAAGAACACGACGGUAAAAUGAUAUCCAAGGAAACGAGAAAUGUAGUAGUUUUUCAAGAGGAAACAAAUUACUUCUUCAGGCUCUCUAACUUUCAAGAGCAGCUCAUAGAGUAUCUUGAACUGAACCUGGAUUUUAUCAUUCCUCAUUCUAGAUAUUUGCUGCUCUUGAAUGAAUUAAAGGAGAACAAAUUAGAAGACUUGAGCGUCUCCAGGCCACUGUCAAGAUUGACCUGGGGGAUUGAGGUACCCAAUGAUGAGACCCAGAAGGUUUACGUUUGGUUUGACGCAUUAAUAAACUAUAUAACUUCGUGUGGUUAUCCCAGCGACGCCUUCUUCCUGGGUGCCACUGCCGACGGAGCCAACCCUUGGCCCGGCACUCACGUCAUUGGCAAGGAUAUUAUUCGAUUUCACUGUAUAUAUUGGCCUAUUUUCCUCAUGGCCGCUAACAUAGCGGUACCUAAACAGGUUGUAGUCCACUCACAUUGGCUCAGCGAUGGAUUUAAAAUGAGUAAAAGUUUAGGAAAUGUAGUAGACCCCCAGCUGACUGCUGAUUACUAUGGCAAGGAUCCACUCAGAUUCUUCCUUAUGGAGUAUUCGAACCUAGAAAAUGACUGUAACUACCGUGAAGAGCAAUUCCACUUUACUAGAGAGAAGCUUAUUGGUAAAUAUGCCAAUCUUAUAACCAGAUGUGGUGGAAAUGCUUUCAACAUAGUUGAAUCCUUGAAAGAUUAUGAGUCUGGUGAGUAUAAAAAUAUCGAUGGAUUACUUGAUUCCCGAGCAUUAAAUCUGGAAGUACCGGAAAUCAAACAGAUUCGUGACAAUCUCGUGUUGCUUACCAAUAGCUUGUUCGAGACCAUGGAUAAAAAAAUGGAACAAUUUGAUCAACAAAGAGCCAUCUCAGAAUGGUGGAAUAUCGUAGAAAGUGCUAACCAGUUGUUCCAAUUAGGACAACCAUGGCUCUACGCUAAAGAAUUGAAGAACGAGCAAAUUUCGCCUGAACGGAAGAAGGCUUACACGACGCUCAGAAACUACUAUACUUUCAUUGCGGCAGAGGUGAGCCGUGUGAGCUCCAUACUUAUAAGCCCAAUCAUCCCUGAGUUAUCCAAUCAAAUUCUUGACAGGUUGAACGUCGACAAGAGCAGACGGAAUGCAGCUUUUUGUAAAAUAGGUUCUGAUUUAACCUAUGGGUUAGGUGCAAAUGACAAGAGCCACAAGGUUCCAAUAAGCAGAGUUCCAAUGAGAGAGUGA